UCAAGAAUGUCGUCAUGUUUAUUUUCUGAAUUGUUCGCAAUAACAAGAAGAACAAUCGGGAAUCCAGUGUUUUAUGUCAUUAACUAACACAUUCUAAAUCCAAGGAGAUAAACAACUAUCGGUAUCCGUAUCAAGUAGGUCUAGGCCUAGGCUACAGUAGCAAGCAAGCCAAAUCGAAGCAAAAAUAAAGCAGAUUGAGAUUUGCUCGGAUAAGAAUCUUCGCAGCUAGGCUAUACUCCUUACUUUCAAACAUUCAUGUGUUCGUAUAUAGUAGUAGACACCCGGAACAGAAUUUAGAGGCAGGAAACAGCCAACACAGUAGAGAAUUGAAGAUGGAUUCGCAAGAGUCGAACCAAACCAUGGAUUUUGCUCAAGUCAUCUUCCACAAUGUUUCAGAAAAUUACCCACCAGAGGCUCACAUUCAGUGCAGUUACACUCUGACCAAGUCCAUUGAGCCAAAUAAGAAUGACUGGGUAGGAUUAUUUAAGAUCGGAUGGUCCUCCACCAGAGAGAAGAUUACCUAUGACUGGGCACCUGUGCCAGCUGAUUGGAAGGACGGCCAGGAGUAUAAAUUGAGCAUUCUAUUCAAUUCCUACUAUCUGCCUAAAGAUGAUGGAGAGUUUUAUCAGUUCUGUUACAUCGACAAAGCAGGCAAGAUGAAAGGAGCAAGCACGCCCUUCCAGUUCCUCCACUUGACUGAUGUAGACUUUGUUGAGAUUGACGAUGAGUACGAUGAUAUGCUGAUGAUCCAGUCUAAGACCAUUAUUCAGGAAGAGAAACUGAAACGUGCUAUGGAUGAAAAGGAGAAGAUACUGCUGGAUCAGCAAGAGCUGGUGAAGGCUAAAGACGACCUGAUAAAAAAACUUGCAGAGACUUCCGAAGCUCUGGCAAUGAGUGAUGCCAGUGUAGAAGAUCUGAAGAGAACAAAAGAGGAGCUUUUGUUGAAGCUAACUGGCUUAGAAACGCAAACAAAACUCUUGGAAACCAAGCUAUGUGAGGCAUCUGAUCGAAUCAAGAAACUUGAGGAAGAGAAUGCUCGACACAAGACCAUGCUAGAGUCCACUGAAGCUGACCUCAAGGAGGUCGUUGCUUCUAAUAAUAAUCUAAGUUCAGUCAAGGCUCAGCUAGCUACUGAACUAAUGGGAGUAACUCAAGAAAAGGACCAAUAUAAGAAUCAGUUCAGCUUAUCUGAGCAAGAAGUCAAAGCACUAGAGCUGAAGGUUGACGAUUUGACACAAAAACUACUAUUUCAUUCCAACAAGACGAGCGAGUUAGAACUUAUGCAGGUUGAAGAGAAGAAAAAGGUUGAACAACAACUUCUAGUUGCAAGAGCCGACAGGGAUUACUGGAAGAGCAAUGAAGAACGGUUGAAGCAAGUUGAAAGUCAACUGGCAGCUACAAAACAAACUAAGACCAUGCUGACAGAGGAGAUAAGCACACUGAAAACAGUUCAACACAAACUUUCAAAAGAUUUGGAGAAUGCAUCGAUCGAAAAAGAUCAUCUCAACGAUAGACUACUGAAAUCAUGCGAAGAUUUCAGGAAGAAAGAGGCUACACUCCAGCAAAAGGUUAUAAGACAAGAACAUGCUUUUCGAGAGAAGGAGGCCCUCUUGCAGGAACAGCUGAAGGUUAUGCGGCAGGGAAUGAACAAGCUUGCCAAGGAUCAUGAGAAACUCCAGAAGAAUGUGAAAGAUACGGUUGCUGGGGGUCCAUCAGAAGCUCUGAAAGUUGCUCUCGAUGACCUCAGAGCUAAAUUGAAGAAGAGACAAGUUAUGUACGACCAGUUAUACAAGGAAAAAGUAGAACUCGAGAAGAAGUUGAUCACCAUUGAACAGGAGAAGACAGAUUUAUGUCAGGAAAAGAAUGAUUACAAGACUCGACUUGCAAUGGCAGCUGAGGAAUACAAAGCCAAAUACCUAGAGUGCCAUCUACUGCAACGCAAGCUAAACAAAGCAGAGAAGAAGCAACAGAAAGAUGACAUCACAGAAGAAGCUGUCAAAAAAGAGGCAACGACAAUGCUACAACAGGCUUGUGGAGGAGCAAUGGACAAAGGUACACAAUCUGGUAUUCCUGCUGUGGCAUUGAAGGGUAUGCAAGACCAGAAGCAACAGGACAGAGAUAAGACCUUUGACAUGAAUGAAAUCAAGCAGCAGCUGCAGACAAUGGAGGAAGAACUGACAAAACGUGAACAAAAGAUCAAGAAAUACAAGAAACUUUAUCAGGAAGAAAAGAUAAAAAAUGAGGAACAGUGUGCAAUCUUUAGUGAUCAGAUGAAAGACCUUCAUAAUCGUCUUGUGGAGGAGACUCAAGUAAAGGAAGGAAUGAAAGAAGAUUUUGAAAACAUUUACCAACAGAAAGAGAUGACAAUCCGACAACUGGAGGCAGAGCUUGAGGUUUCCAAGAUUUCUUGCAACGCCAGUAGUACUGUUCAGGUACGACCACAAGAGGAAGUUAAAACUGUCAGAAGACCUGUACCACCACAACCAAGUAUAUACGUAAACCCGUAUGCUAAAGAUGCACAGCCUGUAUAUAAGAAUCCUUACGAACCUGAUACAACCCAUGUAGUGGUCUUUCAACCCAAAAGUGAAGUCAACAAUCUAGAUGUUGAUGGAUCUGAGGAGCUCUCGCUUCUUCCUCCAAAGAAUCCUCCAACCAUGAACCUACCAGAGCCAUUGGAGCCAUUGAUCACACCUGAAGCAAAAAUUGCUGCAAUGAAGAAUGUGAUAAAGGCAACUACGAAUAUGAUUGAUGAAUUAGAUCCGGUUCCAGUGGAAAAACCAGACCAAGAUACUCCUCCACCUACAAACUCUGGACAAGAUGAUGAUAAGGAAGAUGUUGCUGCAGAAUUCCAUGAUGCACAUGAGUUCCCUGUGGAAGCACAAAUCUCAAAGUGCCCGGAGUGCCAGCUGGUGUUUCCACCCUCUUUUUCCGAGCAGAAGUUUUUCGAGCAUCUUUCCACACAUGCUUUUAAGCGAUGUCCAAUGUGUGAUUUUGCCUGCUCACCAGAUACAAGCCAAGAGGUUUUUGAAGAGCAUGUACAGGGACACUUUAGAAACUAAGCAAUGUAUGUGUUCUUAUAGGGAAGUUGUUGGUCUAUAACAAUGGAGAAUUUCAAUUUCAAUGUAUACUUUCUUUAGUGAAUUUGUCUUUUAGUUAUUGUUCUGAAUUCAUAUAAACUAACACAUUGUUUUAAGAUAUCCAUUAGAAAAUUGUAAUAAUGUAUCAAAUUACUGAGGAUAAAUACAUCUUUUCAUUCAUUCUGUCUGUUAGUUAAGUCUGUAUAUCAUGCUUAAAGAAAGCGUGGGUAAAUAUGAAUGGUAGUAUAAAAAUAUAUUUAGUAACAACAGCCAGCAAUCAAAAUUAAAUUAUUUUGUGAUGUAACAAAGUAAUAAUGUGAUAAAUGUGCAUAAAUCCACAUUCAAAUUCCUUAUUUUAUUGUAAGUUUCAGCAGUUGUGCUAUUUGAAUGGAACAUUUCACACAAGUCAAAAAUAAAAAUUUCUUUAAAAUUGCUUUAAAUAUGAUAAAAAGUAUAUGAAACAGGAUCAACAUGAAUUAAUAGUUUGCUUUAAUUUCUUGUUAUAAAUAAAUAAAUAAAUAUUAAUUCAUAUUUUACCAGCCAUUACCAUCAAUUUACUCAAUGACAGAAAAUAACUGAUAAGCAUAAAAUUUGUGAAUUUAAUAUUUUGUUUAAAGCUUUUACUGUAUUAGCAAAACUGUAAUAUAUAAUAUACAGCAAUUUCCAAUUUAAUUUUACUCCAAACAAUGAGGAACCAAUUUGCACUGGUUAAAAGUAUUACAUAAAGUUCCAAUGCUUUACCACUAACAUUUAAGAAACACUCAAUACUUCAGUGGUAAAUUGUAACUGGGUUUUUUCUAGUUUCUUUUACAAUCCAGUCUGAUCAUGAUGAACAGCAUUGGAAGUUGUAUUGUUUUUCAUAAGCACUAUUAUAUGCAGCAUUAGCUGCUAAUAUUUCCCAGUUGUUCACUUUAUUUGUUAUAAAUUUCAGGCUCAUUUUUCCUUUCAUUUUUGUGUCCAAUGACAGACAUAUUACAUAUUAUUAUGUUGAAGCCCUCUGUAGUAACAUUUAGUGUUAACUGUUAUAUUACACUGGCGACUUAAUUUUAAUGCAAUCAAUUCCAUUGAUGAAUUUAAAUCAAAUGUAUAUAAUUAAAGAUGACAAAAUAUAAUCUGUUUAUAAUAUACAAAGCUUAUGCAUUCAUCAGUGUUAAAAUCUUAUUUUAAAAUUUUUAACUUAAAAAAUAUAAAUAUUUAGCUUUUUUUUUUUAGUUUUUACUUAUACUAAAGCUUGAUGCAACAAUUAUCUACAAAAUUAAGAUGUACUGACAUAUGAAGAGACUCAACAUUAUAUAAUCAGAUUUUAAACAUAAGAAUUAGUAAGAAUUUGAUUUUGUCUAUAUUUACAAUUUUGUGAUCUGCUCAAUAAAACAAAAUCAUUUUUUCCAGAUCUUAAAUUAUUUUUCUGCAAAUAAAUUCAUGCAUAGAUUAUUAAGUUUUUCUUUUUAAAAACCUGAUUAUGUCAUCUAUAAUACAUUUGCAGAGAGAAAUAAUUACUUGUUGUGUGGGGUAAGCAAACAAUGCUUUGUUUAUCUCAACUCUUAGAAAUGCUGUUUGUCAAAAGAACGUUAUGGUUAUGCUUUAAAAAUUGAGUGAUGUAGGAUUGAGUUGAGAAAGGUUAUAAGGAUGUAGUGUAAGAACAGAUUGAACGAUAUGUAAUUUGAAAAGUAGAAAUAAAUAUAUAAAAAUUUAA